AUGCAUCCUAGCAUAAUCGACGUUUCUUAUCUAAUCGAAGAACUUAAUCAAAUACAAAACGAAAUUAACGGUAAUUUAGCUUUUGUCCCAAGUAUGAAUAAUAUUCAUUUGUGGGAAAAAACAAUUAAAGUAAAAGCAUACAGCACUAAUGAAACACUGAACUUCAUACUGGAUCUGCCUAUAGUUGCAGAACAACAGUACAAUCUCCUACACCUUUAUUCUAUUCUUAACAAUAAUAACACUAUCCUAAUACCCGAAAAUCCUUACCUUGUCUUGGGAAAUAACGAGUUCGCGUAUCCCCACGAGCCCUGCAAUAGCAUAACAGAAGAUGAAGUAAUCUGCACACAUCUUGAAUGGAAGACCUUAUUAAACUCCAACGAUUGCAUAGCCCAACUUAUUCAACAUCAAGAACCACAUAAUUGUACGUACGCCACAGCAAGCUACAAGAAUAACAUCAUACAACAAAUUAAGGACAAUAGCUGGAUAGUAGUCAUGAAACAGGAAGAAGUCAUAAAAACCAUAUGCAACAAGGACAUUCAAUACCAACGCAACAAAGGCGUUUUCCUUAUAACUACAGACAGUAGCUGCAAAAUACAAAUACAAGAUAGAACUCUGUCAACUCAUCAAAGAUACAUAAACAUUAGAGAAACUAUACCACUACCACGUGCUUAUCAAACGCCGAACGUGGCAUCAAUUAAGUUAAAUCUGGAUAACAUAAAUCUGGACAACCUAAAGAACGCCCUACACCAUUCAGAUGAUAUUGAUAUCCCAGAAGAAGACACAAUAAAUAUACCAUUAACACCCAAGGACAAAAUUGAGCCGCGUCGGAGAUGCGCACGCCUAAGACCUGCUGCGCUCACCUCGCUGAGCCUAAUACCAUCAACGUCGGAAGAAGAUGAGUCCCCGACCGCUAGUGAGGAGGAGCCAGCGCCGUCCACCCCGCCACGAAGACCUGUGCGGGGCCGUGGUCGGCCACCGUCGGCACGCUUGGGGCCUGCGGGACGCAUCCCGCACCCGGCCCCCGCUACCGGUGGUGUAGUGCGCCGCAUGAGAUGGACUUCAGAACUAAACGAGAGUGUCAUGCGCGCGUAUUACCAGGCAACAGAGGUGGAAACAAACCUCACAGCGUAUCGUGGUAGGAUGUUGUCUCUGUUUCAGGUCCUUCAACCAAAUACCGCCGUCACGGCUCAGCGCUUAUCGGAUCAAGUGCGGGUCAUACUGCGGUCGCGUCGGCUGGAUGACUCCGUUCUUGACCGUCUACGCACUGAAAUACGUUCCAGCCUUAGGGACACGGAGUCUGCACCUACGGCGCCGCUAAACGUUGACUGUGUAGACAGCCGGCCACCGACGCCAAUAGCACCGUUAAACGUAGGCGCAAGUGAUACUAUAGCUGAGAACGUAAGUAGCCAGGAUAAUGAGCAUAUGAGGAGAACUUUGGAGGAGGCCAUUAAGGAAUUUAAAGAUGUCCCUACAUUAAGUAGAUCGCGGUUACCGCGUUUGCCUAUUCAUAGGGGUAGUUUGGCUAUUGUAAAUCAAAUGAACGCACUACUAGCGCCGUAUUUUGAUGCUAGUAGUAGCUUAGCAGAAACACACUCUAUUCUGUAUUGCGGGGCUGUCGCAGUGUGUCGUAUGGUAGGUGUCAAACUUAAUAUCAAAAAUACCCAAACCGUACCACACACCUAUAGCAAACCAGCCUGGCAAGCCAGAAUUGAACGUCGCAUUAACACCUCGCGAACUUUAAUAGCCAAACUACUAAACUUCCGUGCUGGGAAUACUCGGCCGAAAGUUAUGCGUUUUGUGACCCAGGCAUUUUCCGGGACUAAUAUUAGUCCCAAUAAUUACAUACUUAGAGUCACGGAACGCAUAGACUUUUAUAAGCAGAAGAUCUGCGCUUGGGCGAACCGCAUACGCAGGUACAAAAAACGAGCGGACAGAUUUAUUCUUAAUCGUCGCUUCCAAAGUGAUCAAAAGGGUGUUUAUAGAGGCUGGGAGCAACCUAGUGAAGGUGUGAAUGACAGGCAACUCCCAAAUCCAGACGAUUUAAACAAUUUUUGGCGUGGAAUAUGGUCGGUGUCUGUCAAUCAUACAGAAUCAGACUGGGUUGAAGCUGUCGGACAGGGAUGUGAACAGAUACCAGUUAUGGAUCCUAUUACAAUAGAACCUUGUGAAGUGAGUUGUGCAAUCCGUUCGGCUCAUAACUGGAAAAGUCCUGGGCCGGAUGGAUUGCCCAAUUUCUGGAUCAAAUGGUUCAACAGUUCACAUUUCUGUCUGGCAGCUCAAUUCCAGGCUGCCAUCGACCUGGGUAGUCUCCCAGCCUUUAUGACCACAGGGGUCACCCACCUUUUGUUCAAGUCCGGUUGUACCACGGAAGCUAAGAACUAUAGACCCAUUACUUGUUUACCAACAUUAUAUAAGUUGCUUACAUCCAUUUUGAGCUCAAAAUUAACAAAGCAUCUCAAAGAUCUUUUGGCCAAAACUCAAAAUGGAUGUAGGCCUGGGUCCCGUGGUACGAAGGAACUACUCCUCAUAGAUAUGACCAUCAACCAACAGGUCCGUCGAAAUAGGAAAAACCUCUGCACUGCCUGGGUCGAUUAUAAAAAGGCCUAUGACUCGGUGCCGCACUCGUGGUUGAGGAGAGUACUAGAGCUAUACAAAGUUGAUGUAACUCUAUGUACUUUCCUCAGUUCAUGUAUGCGGCAGUGGGUUACUAGACUCUCUUUACCUGGGAGUGCAGUGCCUAUUUCGAACGGACUUAUAAAGAUUGAGCGGGGGAUUUUCCAGGGUGACAGCUUGAGUCCGCUGUGGUUCUGCCUGGCCUUGAAUCCUUUAAGCACAUUGCUAAACGAAUCAAGGCUGGGCUUUCAGCUUCGUAGAGGGGGUGAAGUCAUAUCUCAUCUUCUAUACAUGGAUGACCUCAAGCUUUUCGCAUCGAAAAAGACCGACCUAGUGGAACUGCUCAAAAUAACUGAAAAGUUCAGUAGUUCCAUCGGGAUGGAGUUUGGUGUCGAAAAGUGUGCGGUCAUGUAUGUACAGCGGGGGAGAGUUGCAAGCUCUGAUGGGCUACAACUCACCGAAAGUAUGUCCUUCAGAUCCCUCUCCGAAGGUGAGACCUACAAGUACCUUGGUAUAUCACAGUCGUUGGAUAUUGUUGAUGAGGAUGUAAAACAUCUGAUAAAAGCACGAUUCAUUGGCCGCCUGAGAAAAGUCCUAAAUAGUCUUCUAUCAGGUGGUAACAAGUUUCGCGCUUUUAACAGCUGGGUUAUGCCCUCGUUAACUUACUCCUUUGGUAUACUAAGGUGGACUCAAACAGAGCUGGAUAUCUUGGAUCGAAGGGUCCGUUGCAUGCUGACCACACAUCGGAUACAUCACCCACGAUCGUCGGUUAUGAGAUUGUAUAUCCCACGGAAAUGUGGUGGCCGAGGCCUCCUCAAUGCUAAGGACAUGCAUAACCGUGAGGUAUACAAUCUACGGGAGUAUUUCCUGAAAAUCGAUGAGGGGAUACAUCGAGAUGUGGUGUCAGUAGAUAAGGGGCUCACCCCGCUCUCUCUUAAUAACGAGAACUGGCGUAAACACCCAGUGUUGAGCACCUCCGAGCGUUUAGAUAUAUGGAAGAGCAAGGAGUUACACGGCAGGUUUUAUCGGGCUCUGCAUGGGCCUGAUGUAGACCUGCCUGCCUCUGUGAACUGGCUACGUUUCGGUGACCUCUUUGGGGAGACCGAGGGCUUUGUCUGUGCAAUUAUGGACGAAGUUAUCAAGACGAACAACUACCGGAAGUACAUUAUGAGGGACGGCACGCUAGAUGUCUGUCGUUUGUGCCACUGCCCUGGCGAGUCCCUCAGACAUGUCACUUCCGGUUGUUCUCGCCUUGCUAACUCCGAGUACUUGCACAGACACAACCUAGUAGCCAGAAUAAUCCAUCAACAACUUGCUCUUAAGUAUGGUCUAAUCGCUUCAGAGGUGCCGUACUACAAAUACACACCGGAGCCAGUUCUCGAUGAUGGUCAUAUCACGCUCUACUGGGAUCGAUCUAUUAUCACAGACAGGACUAUUGUAGCCAAUAAGCCUGAUAUCGUGAUAAUAGAUCGAUCUGCGAGACAUACGAUAAUUGUUGACGUAAGUAUUCCCCAUGACUGUAAUCUCGUGAAGGCAGAGACAGACAAGAUGUCAAAAUAUUUGGAUCUCGCGCACGAGAUUACAGCCAUGUGGCAUAUGGAGUCAACAAUUAUCGUACCGAUAGUGCUGUCCGUGAAUGGAUUAAUCGCGAAGAGCCUCGAUCACCACCUAGAGAGGCUCUCGCUCGGUAAGUGGGUGAAGGGCCAGGCACAGAAGGCGGUACUCCUGAGCACGGCACGCAUUGUGAGGAGGUUUCUGUCUCUGGAGGCCUAA